CACUACUAUAUAACAAAUAAUUUGAGAAGUUAACCUGAACUACCUGGUGUGUACAGGAUGAGCGUGUUGUACAAUGACUUGAAGCUCCACGUGUCACCUGGUAGUAUCUCUGUUUCUGCUCAAGGUGCUCAACAUGCUGUCUACAUCAACACUAAUACCCUCGAGGUUGGAUCCGCAACCUCCAGCCCCACUACCCCUGGUCGUGACAUCUGUGGAGUGUUCGGUAUUAUAAACCUUCCUCUCACAUCCUACCUUAUCAUCAUCACUGAAAAGGAAGAGAUAGGGCCUAUUGAUGGACAGAGCAUUGUGUGGAAGAUGGCUAAGUAUGAGCUGAUACCGUUCGUGGAGUCGCGCAGCGCUUCUGAGAGCGUCAAAGCGCUUAAUGAGAAGUACUUGGCUCUCUUGAACAAGUCUCUGUCAGCGGACUCUUUCUACUUCAGUUACACCUACGAUCUGAGUCAUACGAUGCAGCGACUCAACAACGUGGAUGAAAGUUUCAAAAGUUUAACUUUCAUGGAGCGUGGUGACGAGCGCUUCAUGUGGAACAGAUACCUCAUGUCCCAGAUAGAGAUCUGUCCGGAACUGUCCGGGUUUUGUUUACCAGUCGUGUACGGUGUACUCUCAAUAACCACCUGCAGCCUUAUGGGCAAAACCUUCGACUUUGUUCUCUUCUCCCGGCGUAACCUCAACAGGAUCGGGGUGCGGUACUUUGUUCGUGGCGCUGAUGACGACGGUAAUGUUGCGAACAACGUGGAAACUGAACAAAUUGUUCGGCACGCUGGUCAGGUGGCUUCUCAUGUCAACACCCGUGGUAGUAUCCCGCUGUACUGGUCCCAGCGCAGUAACAUCACGUACAAACCCUACGUUAAGCUGUUCAACAAGGAGAAUCAGAAGGAUGUGUUUGUGAGACACAUGCAGCAGCAGAUUGCGCUGUACGGCAAGAAUGUGUGUGUCAGUCUUAUUGAUGAUAAGGGAAAAGAAAAGGAGAUUUGUCAAAGCUUCAAUUAUAUCGGAGGUCAGAAUUUGCUACCAGGAGUGACAUUUAUCCACUUUGACUUCCACAAAGAGUGCAGUAAGAUGAGAUGGUACAACCUCAACAUUCUCAUGGACAAGCUCAAAGACGACCUGGAUAGUUGGAGUUAUUUCUCCAAAGAUAACCAGGGUAGCGUAUCGUCAACACAGAGUGGAGUUGUAAGAACAAACUGUAUAGACUGUCUGGACAGAACCAACGUGGUACAGGGUAUGAUAGGUCGUUACAUUCUCACUCAGCAGCUCAGACAGAUGGGGGUUCUGGGAGAGGGUGACGAGAUUCCUGCUUCUUCUCAAUUCGAGUAUGUGUUUAAGAACAGAUGGGCUGAUAACGGGGACGGUAUAGCCCGCCAGUACACCGGAACACCCGCUUUAAAGAGCGACUACACCAGGACCGGGGUCAGGACCAAGAUGGGACUCCUACAGGACGGCUACAAGAGUAUGCAACGAUACGUACAAAACAACUUCCUGGACGGUUCAAGGCAGGACAGUUACGAUAUUCUGUUGGGUAACCACCGUUACUCUUCCGUUGAGGAGUCUCCACUCGCAAAACCAAGGCACCCUGUUGCCAUCUUCCUGCCAGCUGCUAUCGGAAUAUUCAUUGCUCUUCUUAUUCUGAAGCUGUUACUGCCGGAGGAAACAUGGACAUCCCAGCUAACACACAUUGGUCUUUAUGUUGCGGUUAUAUUCUUCUUGUUCAAACAGGUAAAAGCAUGGGGAGACCACCUAGUGGACCAGCCUCGCCUGUAUCACACUUUAGCCAAAGCUAAAGCUGAAUGACUGGAGCCAAUCGAUACACUUAUAGUUUAGGGAACCUGACGAGCGUGAUAUCUACUGAUAUAUUGGAAUGUUGGGAAUGCCAAGCAUGAAAAUUGUUUUUUUGUGUUGGACUAUUAUAUGAGGUCUGUUAGAUUUUGGUUCUGUUUCGAACCGGUGGGAAUCGUUUAUUUUUACGUUUAAUUGUUUCAAUUGUGACAAACCUAUUAACUGUCUUCUUCAGCAAGCAACUAAUUAAUACAAAGUUCAUUAACUGGAUGUUUAAAACUGUACGAUCCUUAAUGAUUUUAUUGUGUCUUUUGAUAAAUCUGAUAAGCAAUUUUACGCAGAAGUUUCGACCACAAUUUAAGCUUCAGUGUAAGUUUAACAACAAGUCUGUUAAACUUUUUAUAAUGCGAUAUAUUUUGAUUGCAUAAUAUGCGGGGUGGCACAGAAAUUUCCAGAUUUUUGAUGUAACAGAUCACGUACGAAGCGAACUGCUAGUUCGAUUGAGAUAAAACUCUGGGCCUUUUGAAUGCGUUUACGAUUGAAGUUAAAGAACUCGAACUUUGCCCUUCUCCACGAAAGUGCAACCAUGAAAAUCAUGAUUUCAUUAGAUCAGUUGGGUCUAAGAUUGACGUUUGAUAGUUAUUUAGCCCAAAUCUGAACACUGGUAUCAAAUGCUUCGUACAUGGUUGCUUGUUAGACACGAAAAUGUAGAUUAUAGAUCAGUGAUUCUCUAGACUUAAAUGAAGAUCUGUAAGUGUGUCGAUUAGAGUAAUUUUUAUAGAUUUUUGUUAUCUGAUUUUUCGAAAUGAUUUUCAAUAUUUUAAUAGGUAAGACACGGUUUAUGUGCUAUCUCAAAUAUUGUCUUUUACUCAUUAUUUUGAACUGAAGAAUGUCCAACUGAUAUGUA